UGUCGAGUGGAAAAAAACUGAAAAUGCUGAUUGUACUCCAUAUACUGCUUGUGCUCAAAUUUGGACGGGGCGCGGACGAUCACAUCUUUGAGACAAAGACUGUUGCUCUUGGACACAAUGUGACUCUAACAUGUCCCCGCAACAGAUCUGGGCGAUCAACAAGCCUAUUUUGGAUCAGGCUUGUUUCUCAGACCUUUCCUGAAGUUUUAGGAGGAACAAUAAACUAUGAUUUAGAGGCUGUUGAUGUGAUGAAUCACAUAACAGCAAAACAAGAGCCUGGAACAUUUGUUCUGCAUAUUCCUAAAACACAGUUAAGCGAUACUGCAAUCUACUACUGUAUAAAAGUAAUACAAAGCAAAAUUAUAUUUGUGAAAGGAGUAUUUCUGAGAAUUACAGGACCAGAGCCUGAUAUUACUGCUGUAGUUCAAGUCCCUCUGUCUGAUUCAGUCCGUCCAGAAGACCCAGUGACUCUGCAGUGUUCAGUCCUCUCUGACUCUGAGAAGAAAAAGUGUCCAGGAAAUCACAGUGUGUUCUGGUUCAGAGCUGGAUCAGGAGAAUCUCAUCCCAGUUUAAUUUACACUCAUGGAAACAGUGGUGAUGAAUGUGAGAAGAGUCCUGAGGCUCACUCUCCACAGAAAUGUGUCUACAACUUCUCUAAGAACAUCAGCUCCUCUGAUGCUGGGACUUAUUACUGUGCUGUGGCCUCAUGUGGAGAGAUAUUAUUUGGAAAUGGAACAAAACUGGACAUUGAAGUUGUCGGCCCGUCUGAGUCACAGAAAGAAAAUACAAUUCUCUAUCUGGUGUGCGCUGCUCUGGCUAUAAAUCUGAUUGUUAUAGCCUUCCUUGUUUAUGCCAUCGUGAAAAAAUCCUGUCAUUGUAACGCUGCUGUCUCUCCGCAAACAAAUGCUGCAACAGCCAGUGGUGAUCAGCAAAGUCAGCAGAUAAAUGAGGACUCUUUGGUUUAUUAUAGACCAGACUUCACCAGGAGGAAAGCUGGCAAAUCUGGGAGAAGAAGUGCAAGAAAUGCAGAGACCAUCUACACUGAUGUCAGAGCUUUUGUAAUAGAUUAACAAUCUAAAUGCUGGAUUUACUAAUUGAUGCCAAUGUAUUUUUGUGUGGCACACUGGGAAAUAAUUUGCUUUAGCAGCACUGGCAUUUGCAUUUAGCCACAGUUUUUUACAUAAUAUAAUAAAUUGGAUUAACUCAAAUCAGUUCUAUGCAUAAUAUUUAUAUAUUUUGUCCAAAAUGUGUGCAAACAUUUAAUAAUAUUUUUGAGUCCUGUUAGAAAAAGUAAUAAAUCAUUAUACAAAAUGGCCACAGUAAAUACCCAAGCUUUUAGAGAUAGUAGUAGUAAUUUUGUUAUUAUUAUUUUUUUAAUAAAGAUAAUCUUGAAAGAG